UAUUCAAAAGAAAAAUCCACUAAAGGUACAAAUAUAUGUAAUACUAUUUAAAAGGCGCAACUAUCUGCGCGGAGUAUGACGUUAUUGCGUUAUACGUCAUAAUACUCGGUUGUAAUGGCGGAACUGGACAAACAAGAGGGUCCCCACCUCGAAAGUUUGGAAGGCGAUUGCGACGUUAAUGCUAGAUGGAAUAGCUUACCGGACGUACUAGUAAUAUAUAUUUAUGAAUACCUUUGUGACUAUGCAAGACUACAAAUGGCAUGUGCCUGCAAGCGAUGGCGAGACCUGUUUUACACCCCGUCUCUUUGGCGACGCAGACGGGUACAUUUCAUUGGGCUGAAGGCAGAAAACAAAGCGAGGCGUGAAUGUCAAUAUAUCAAGAUCAUGGGACGGUAUCUUAAGACACUAACAGUUUCCUUCGGUAAACCGACAUAUCGGACGGUCAAAGUUAUGGCGCUGGCAGCCGAAACUUAUUUGAAACAGCUGCUGUACGACUCAAAAUUACGACUUACUGGGUUUGUGUUGCAUCACUUAGCAUUGGAACAUUGUUGGCAUUUCUGGAUAUCUCGUAAUAAGGUCAUAGGUACUCUCUGUAGAUUGUUCAGACGGCUUAGGUAUCUGGAGACAGUCACUGUCGUUUCCUGUAGACUUUCAUUACUCGAAGGUUGUCGCCUACUUGAGUCCCUUGGUCGUGGGUACGCUGCAAAUACGCUGAAGGUGUUAUCUGCCGACGAUUUGUUCCAGACAAAUAUUAUACCUGUGCGACACAAGCGGUACGUACAUGUAAUGUCUAAAUUCUCAGGCCUUACACAAAUAUACGUGAACUAUGGAUCCAUCAAUGCUGGUAUAUUAGACUCAUUUGCUGAAAACCUCAGCAACACAUUACAGAAACUCACACUUUCAAUUGAAAAGAAUGUGAGCAAUUUUAUUAUUCCGUCCGAAGUAUGGAAAAACUUCAGCAAACACUGUCGUCAUGCUGUGGUCACUUUAUACAUAUAUGUAACGGGACGACUAUACGACCCUACCCAGCCAUUGGUCAAGGGUGUUCCGGUCGCAGAAGUGAAUGCUGUUUCCUGGGCGUCGAUUGCGCAACAUGAUCACAUGCAAGGUCAAAUUCCACUUCUGAUCAGACACGUCGGCAGAACGUACUCGGACACACUGGAACACCUCACCCUCCAGCUAGAUCAAAACCCACCCAUAGACGAGGACUUGUUAUAUUUGUUGAACACCUGCCGGAAGCUGCGACAUUUACAACUAUGUUGCUGUCUGGCUGUCACUACUGUUGACAAAAUACGUCUGUUGUUGGUACAAAACGUAAUCCAUUUGCAAUCCCUGACCUUGAACAUACACGGCCUGAACGAGCGUGAGUGGCACCAACUACGGACGAUUCAGCAAUCUUUGAUCGACGCCAUUAAUGGAAGGAGCUGAUACUUAAUACAAUGGUGAUCGCCUAAUGUAUUAAGAUAAGGAAUCAAAAACACGCAUUCUCAGUUCCACUUGUUUGGAAAUAAAUGACGUAUCUCUAUAAUUUAACAGUUCAUAUAUUAGUAUUUCUGAAUGACAUUUUUUAAAAGAGUAUAAAGGAGGAGCGGUUCCAGUUUGCCCUUCCAAACAUUUCUAUUUCUACUCGUGUUUUAUGUACGGCAUAAAAUAAGAAUAUAAAACAUUUAAGAAUAUGAUGUGUGCGAGAACCAUAUUUAGAGCAAUCUCGAAUACAAACUCUGGGUAGAUAUUGGUGGUGUGGUGUGGAGGCGUUCUGUAUAACAAUCCCGAUAUAGAAAUAGCUUCUUGAUAUAAAUAUAUAACAUAUAAUAGUCCUUUGCAUUUCUAGAGUAAACAAGAAAGGGUAACUUUAUUUGGUACAAGUCAUUUAGGUGGUGUGCAGGGCCAAAAAAUCACCCCUCGUUCGAUAUGUGGAGUUAUCCCCUUUUUGUUAUGAAAAUUAAUUCGUCGCACAUGCCGUUGUGAAAAGCGGUACCUUUUAAAUAUACAAGGUAGCUUGAUGAAAUUCGAAACACAUGGUAUGAUUCAAAGUUGAAAUAUAAUUAAUUAAAUUCGUUUUAUUGUUUCGAAUAUGAGUUCAAAAAGGCAAAAACAAUGGUGUUUGUCCGAAUAACUAUUAUACAUCGAUAUUAAAACCUCACGGGAGGGCGAGGCUGUUUUCAUAUAAAAUUAUGGAGGUUCUAUUUGAAAAAAAGUGUUUCUAUCCCCCCUCGGUACACCCUCUAUAAAUAACAGGUUUCAAUAUGUACAUUAUAAUCUGAAAAAAAGAACGAAAAUGUAAAUUUAACGUUUAAACUUCUUAGUACCCACAUGUAUGAUUUACUUUAAGAUCUGCCGCUUAGAAGAUGUAGAAUUGGAACAAAUAAUUCGUGUUGAUGAGGACUUUUGAUACGUACUUUGUAGUUAAAUCAGGAUCGUCCUUACAUUGCAUCGGUGUUUUUUUUUUAAACUUUAUUACAUUUUACCGUGAAUCUACAGAUUCAUAAGAACAACAAUCAAAUCACUAUUUUUCAAUACUUCGCCCGCCUUUACUAUAACAGGAUUGUAAAAUAAUUAAAGGUGUGGUAAAUCAAAAUUAAAACUCGAUCCCGACUUUCUGUACCUGUCGAAUCCGAUUACACACAAUUGUACUCCAUAAAGAAAAUACUAGACUUUUCUGCUGAUUGCCGACAUGUGAUGAUUCUAAACAUGACAAUGAAUAUCGCUGCAGAUAUUACAAGUUUGAUGUAAUGCUAUGACGUGAAGGAGGAGAACUGGUUUUUCAAAGACCCAUUCCCGAUGAGCGUCAUAAUCGCAAUUUCAGAGGUAACGCUCACUUACAUUCUCUGCAUCCCAGGAAUACGUCAUGACAAAAUCGAAGACACGCGGUUAGCUAUUUGAUUGAUUUCGGGUUAAACAAGUGACCAAUCGCUAGGCUGAUAUCCACAUUGGAAGAUUACAAAAGAGUGACAUCGGGCUUCAAAACCUGUAAAUUAUACCGUUACGGUGUCGCGCGAUACUUUUGAUGUACAUCAAAUGAUCAAAUAGUGUCUGGGC